AUGUUCCAUUGCCUUGUCCUCUGUUUCCUGUUCGCCGUAUCACUUGUUCAUCCGGCCACAAGUCACUCAACCCACGUCCCCAGAGUAGAACGUGCAGUCCGAGUGAAAGAGAUUGACCUUCAUUGCCUCUCGGAGGAUGCUAGUGUAGCAGAACAAUUGAACCUCACAUUCGCGAUUGACGGAUAUGAUAGCAGAGUCCGACUGCAGCUGGAGCCCAAUCGUGCCAUCAUCUCGAAAGAUGCCCGCCUUCAUUAUCUCGAUGGCAGUGGAAGGCUCAAAGAGGUUCAGUCCUUUGCCGACCACCAAGGAAGAGUCUUCUAUGGCGAUGCCUGGGUAUCUUCCACCAAUAGCUCGUGGUAUCCAGCUGGCCGAGCCCGUGUAUAUCUCAUUCGUGAUGGAGACAGCCCGUUGUUCGAGGGGACUGUAAAUCUGUUUGGUCGGUACUAUGAUCUUAAAGCCGUCACCGCCGUGGAUGGCUUGGUUAAUACCUUUUUGACGCACGUGGAGAUAACCGCGCCUGAAGCAGCCCUAAACCAGUUGCAAGACUUAUCUAGAGGCACGGUGCAGCACACUCGCGCUUCUGGAGAGUUCACCGUCUUGGCAUCCGCAGGAGUAGUGACGCAUAACCGGUUUUCCCUGCGCCAGUACAUGGGAAAUUUCGACGAGCUGCUCCAGCACAUAGGCAGCACCGCCGGAUGUCCCACCUCGCGAAGGAUUGCUCUCAUUGGCUUGGCCGCGGAUUGCACCUUUCGAGAGGCGUUUGGGUCGAGUGAGGAAAUGCGGCGAGUACUAAUCAGCAUGGUCAAUGCAGCUUCGGAAGUGUUUGAACAGACCUUCAACGUCUCUCUUGCCAUCCGAAACCUCACCAUCAGUGACGAAGCCUGCCCCGAGCGCGCUCCUGAGACCACGCCCUGGAACGUACCGUGUUCCGCGGGGGAUAUAGACUGGCGUCUCCGACAGUUUGCCUCCUGGAGAGAGUCCCAAGACGGGGCAAAUGCCUACUGGACGUUGAUGACGAACUGUCCCACCAACAAUGUGGUGGGUGUGUCUUUGGUCGGGGGGCUGUGCAACAUCAAUCAAGGUGCCAACGUCGUGGCGCGCACUGUGAAUCAAUGGCAGGUCUUUGCGUGA